CUCUCUCUCUCUCUCAUCUCCACUCCCACCCACCUCUCUCUGUGUGUGUGUGCGUGCCGCGUGUCGCGUGCGUGCGUGAGUGCAACAGGCGUCGUGUGCGAUCUGAGCGCGCAAACUGCGAGUCUUCGCACGCGACAUCGGGGGCGAGGCGGACCCGACAAAAGCGGUUUCCUGCACCCCUCCCCGUCCCACCCCUCCGACGUCUCGCGCUCACCUGGAUCUUACUGCAGACAGUCCGCACCGCUAUCACCCCCCGGGCAAGACAAAAACCUCGCCAUGUCGGACCCAAACCUCUCGGAGGAUCAAAUGGUCCACCAGCCUCAACAGCACCACGUCGUGUGGCCCAUCACGGUGCAAGCCUUCCUCCUCCUCCUCUCCGCCGUCUUUCUGGCGCUCGCCGCCCUACAGAAGAAGCGAUCGUCUUCUUCGUCGUCGUCAUCGACGCCACCGCCGUCAUCCUACCCGACUCCGCGCGGCCCGUUCGCGUGGCCCCUCGUCGGCAACGCCAUGGAGCUGGGCAGCGCUCCCCACGUCACGCUGGCUCGCUGGAGCAAAGUCUACGGCGACGUCAUGAAGAUACAGAUCGGCUCGCGUUCCGUGGUGGUGCUCAGCGGUCUGGAGACCAUCAGGCAGGCGCUCGUGCGCCAAGGCGACAGCUUCGCCGGGCGGCCAAAGUUCGAGUCCUUCUCGAUCGUGGGGAACGGCUUGAGCCUGGCGUUCAACAGCACGUACGGGCCCGCGUGGAAGGCCCACAAGAGGAUGGCGCAGGGGGCACUGAGGGCCUUCUCCGAAGAGGAGGUGCGGCCGUCGACGGGAACCUCGACGGCGUCGGCGUCGAUGUGCGCUUUGGAAGAGCACGCCGCGUCCGAAGCCACGGAGCUCGUGCAGAUCUUCCUGGAGGGCAGCAAGGCUGUUGCCACCACCACCACCGCCACCACCACCACCACCACCACCACCGCCACCACCACCACCGGUGACGACGUCCAACAGCCGACGACCACGACACCCGGGUUCGACGCCGUGCAGCCGCUGGCGCUCGCCGUGGCGAACGUGAUCACCGCGCUGCUCUUCGGCACGCGGUACGCGCACGACGACGAGGAGCUGGCCGGUAUCGUGGCGCUGGCCCACGACUUCGUGAAGGUGACGGCUGCCGGCAACAUCGGCGACUUCGUGCCGGCGGCGCGCCUGCUGCUGCCCUCGUGCAGGGGCAGCAUGCGGCGCUUCACGGCGCUCAACCAUCGCUUCUCCGAGUUCAUCAGGCGCCGCGUGUCCGAGCAUCACAGCACCCACGAUAAGAGCAACGUGACUGACGUCACCAGCUGGCUCAUCUCGCUCAGCCAGGACUCCAAGUUCGACGAGAACGGGAACGUGGAGUUUCCGCUGGACAAGGUGUCCUCCAUCGUGUCGGACUUCUUGGGAGCCGGGUUCGACACCAUCUCCACGACACUCAGCUGGUGCAUGCUGUACCUCGCCGCCUACCCGGACAUACAGCAGCGCAUCCACCAAGAGCUUGACGCAGUGGUGGGCAGGCAGAGACGACCGUCACUCAACGACCGCCGCCAGUUGCCCUUCACGGAAGCCUUCAUCCUGGAAGUGCUGAGACACGCGUCUGUCGUUCCAUUCACUAUCCCACACAGCACCACGCGCGACACCGUGCUGCAGGGAUUCUUCAUUCCCAAGGACACCUGCAUCUUCAUCAACCAGUGGCAGGUGAACCAUGACAGCGCGCUCUGGGACGAGCCGUUCGCCUUCCGUCCCGAGCGCUUCCUGAGCGAGGAUCAGUCUUCCGUGGACCGCACGCGCUCCGCCAACCUGCUCGCGUUCGGCACGGGCAAGCGACGCUGCAUGGGCGAGGCGGUGGCUCGCUCCGAGCUCUUCCUCUUCCUCUCCAUCCUCCUGCACCACCUGCGGAUUCGGACGGCCGACGGCCAAGCGCCCGACAUGUCCGCCGUGUACGGCCUCUCGCUCAAGCACCGCACGUGCCUGCUGCUCGCCGAGUCGCGGAGUUGAGCACGCGUGUGUGUGUGCGCGUGUGUGUGUGCGCGUGUGUACGCGUGCGUGUGUGUGUGCGUGCGUGUGUGCGCUGGGGCGGUGGUGACCACUCACCACCCAUCCCCCCACGUGUGCCGCUCCCGCCUUCAUAGGUGCUCGCGAACAGCACUUGCCCCGACAGUCUGUUGCGGCUACACGGGCGAUCUCUGUCUUUGUCCGGCGGGUGUUUGUUGGCGCGGUCUGUUUCCGUGACCACCUUGGGCAGCUUGGACCUUCGACACUUCACGUGACGGUCCUCAAAGUGCACCUAGCCUGGCACGAGCGCUGCGGUGACGUCGCCAUCGCUUAGCUGUGGACGGCGGCUCCUGCUGUUUUAGGUCGCUGCUGUCGUCAGAUUCCCAGCCACGACGAUCAGGCGCGGUCCUAUGGCUCGCCUAGGUCGACUCAGCCUUAAAAGAUUAUCUGGUGUGGUGUGUGAACAUCAGUGCUAGGGUGCUGGCGCGGGGGAGACAAAUGCGGCCGGGUGUGGUGCUCGCAACACCACGCGCUCGUGUGCGCCGUGCCGGCCUUAAUAGGUGCUCGCUAACAGCACCCACCCCAACAGCCUGCUGUCUGCGGCUUGGAGGAGUCUUUGGCUUUGUGUGCGAGUGAUAUUGCCUUGGCCGGCGUCAUUCAUGUGCGGAAAUUAUGACAGGUCCGGAAUCGAUCAGGAAAUACGUUGUGCAGGCUCGCCAGGUGAUCGUGGUCAGUUUAUCUCCCCCCUGGAUGAUGAUGAUGGUGGUGGAUAUUCUAGAUGGUGAUGGUGGAGGAGGUUACCUUUGAAGCUGGUGGAUGACAUUGGAUAUUUUGGAUUGGGAGUAGAGGUGGUGGAGGUGUAUUUUUUAAUGUUGAUGAUGAUAAUGCUGCUGCUGCUGAUGAUGGAUGUUUUGGAUAAUGGUGGUGUAUAUUUGGAGUGAUGAGGAUGAUGAUGGUGGUGGUGAUGCUUAGAAGGGUAAUGACUUCGAUGGUAUUGAUGGUGAUGAUAUGCAUGAUGCUGACGAUGAUGAUAUUGAUGAUGAUGAUGGUGCUCAUAUUGAUGAUGAUGAUGCUGGUGGUGGUUAGCCACCAUGCGACUCGCAUCCCUACCCCGUGUGUUCGUGUCACCUUGACGAGUUGGGAGGUCGCGUGACGACUCCGUGAUGGUGACACUGGCUGCCGUGACUGUUAUUUUGGAAUUGCACGCGACUGGCUAAGCGUGCAACGAGUACUCGCCAGACAGUUCAUUUUUUUUACGUCAAAUAAAAGUAAGGGUAGAGGCGCAGCCCUGCAAUUGCGUUGCUCUGCCAGGGGAGCUCCAAGGACUUCCUCGAGUAGACCUCCUCGAGGGGACCACCUCGAGAGGACCUCCUCGAGGCGUCCUCGACAGGACCUCCUCGAGAGGACCUUGAGAGGACUUCCUCGAGGAGACCUCCUCGAGAGGACCUUGAGAGGACCUCCUCGAGGAGGCCUCCUCUACAGGACCUCCUCGCGAGGACCUCGAGAGGACCUCCUCGAGGAGGCCUCCUCUACAGGACCUCCUCGAGAGGACCUUGAGAGGACUUCCUCGAAGAGACCUCCUCGAAGAGACCUCCUCAAGAGAACCUCCUCGAGGCCUCCUCGACAGGACUUCCUCGAGAGGACCUUGAGAAGACCUCCUCGAGGAGACCUACUCGAUAGGACCUCCUCGAGAGGACCUCAAGAGGACUUCCUCGAGGAGACCUCCUCGAGAGGACCUCCUCGAGAGGACCUCCUCGAGGAGACUUCCUCGAGGAGACAUCCUCGAGAGCACCUCCUCGAGAGGACUACCUCCUCGAGGAGGCCUACUCGAGAGGACCUCCUCGAGAGGACCUCCUCGAAAGGACCUCCUCGCGGAGACUUCCUCGAGACCUCCUCGGGAGGACCUCCUCGAGGAAACCUCCUCAAGAGAUCCUCCUCAAGGGGACCUCCUCGACAGGACCUCCUCGAGAGGACCUCCUCAUUUAGAGGGUACUUGGCCUACUCCCCUACGCUAACCAGACCGCCUUAUUGAAUGUAGCUUGUUUUCAUUCUCACACUGUGCAUUUGUAAUUAAUACUUUAUACCAAAUAAUGAGGGUUGGGGUUUUAUUUGAAAAAUGUGUAUUCUCGAGGUAUGUGUGUAUUCGUGUGUGUCAAAGGGGGCGGUGAAUAAGGACGUAGCAAUUCGCACACUGCGCUCCACAAACCCGAGGUUGAUUCCCCGCCAGGGCUAAAUAACAUCAGCGGCACAGGUCCUGUGUAUCAAUUCGUCGGCCUCGCCUAGGUCGACUCAGCCUUUAAAAAGGGCCUGGCAUGCUGUGUAAAUAUCAGUAACCUGGGUUUGAUACAAAGGCGGCCGGGCGUGGUUCUGGCCACACACAUCAUGCUUUGUGCCGGCCUUCAUAGCUGCUCGUCAACAGCACUUGCCCCCAAGAGUCUAGUAAGGCUAUAUGGGGGGGGGGUCUUUGUCUUUGUGUGUGUUACCAGAAUGGGUAUAUAUAUGGUACUAGGUGCCGUGUUUGUGGAAUUUUUGUAUGAAAACAUAAAAUAAAAAAAAAACAUAAAAUUCCGAGCAUGAUUCAACUGGUAGCUGCUAAGGCCUGAAAGCCGACCUUACAUUUGGGCCAUCCAGUCGCGCGCAACUCGAGGUCGCGCGCAACUAAAUUGCUCAACAGUCGCGCGCAACAAGUUGAUUCCUGGUGGCGACAAACGGCGUAUUACCGCUCACGCGAUCAGGGCAACGGGUUCGUGGCCACGUGUUUCGUCGCGUUGCUCACAUUCGCCGACCGAACGUGGCCACGUGUGGCAGAGGUCGCAAAGGGGUUUUGAUUCCUUACCCGUACCCGUACCCGGCCGCACCAGGGUCGCAAACGGGUACCCGUACCCGGGUACGGGUACCCGUUCCCUACCCGUACCCUACCCGAAAUGAGUGACAAACGGUUACUCACCAGUGACUCACGGCCUACCCGUACCCGGCCGCACCAGGGUCGCAAAUGGGUACCCGUACCUGGCCGGGUACGGGUAGCCGAGUAUCGGGUAGGGUACGGGUAUCGGGUACCCGGUUGCGACCUCUGACGUGUGGACAAAGCGGUUGGAGGCAACUUGGUCACGCGGCGAUUUCGAAAGAGCGAUUUUUGGGUUUGUGCAAAUCAUUUGGCGAUGACGCUGCUGCUGCUGCGUUGGCGGGUGAGCACCACCGGCGCAUGCUCCGCGUUAUAAUUGGGGGGCAUGUUCUGCAUUUUAACGGAUGGGGGGGGGGGCACAUUUCGCGUUAUAACGGGGGCCAAAUUCCACGUUGUGCUAAAAGUGCUCCCUCGUAGAAGAACCGAGUUAUAGCGAAAACGCGUUAAUCGAGGACUUCGCAUCUAGUCAAAAAUUUAUUAUCACAGUCAAGGGCUUGGGAUUGAAGUCACCGCUGCUGCUGCUGUUGUUGUUGUCAUUGUUGUUGUCAUUGUUGGCCAAGUGACGAUUCCGAAUCGACGCCGAGCGAUUCACUGUCGAUCCGUGUCUCGACCAUACCUCCACCAAACUCAGUGAUGCUAUUCUCACGAUUCUCACUCAAGGACCGAUUGUUCGUGUCGUAUCGUUGGCAUUGACUUCGUUUGCUUCGUCUCGCUCGCGUUGCCCGUCAUUCAUUCCGUCAGUAGCACCGAUGAACAAAAAUGACAUUGAUUCUUAGAUGCACGUGUAUGUGUGUGCGUUGAACUUUUUUCGCACCGUACGUUAGCCAACCUCGGCAACCCCCCUCAGCCCCCACUCUCCUGCUCAUCACGAUUCUUACUCGAAUCGUGCACGUGAAUGUCGAAUUGUAGUUUUUUUUUUUUUAACUCCUCACACUUCGUUACGUGCCUAUCAAAUUAGCAUCGACACAAUUAAUGUAAUGAGUAUUUGCGGAUUUGGGUUUUAAGUUUGUUUUGGUGACAUUAAGCUGAAAGCAGUAGUAUCUAGAGCUGUUGGUCUUAACCUCUACUGCAGCCUUUGCACCCGUUUGGUUUUCGAUCGUUUAAAAAUGUAUAAUGUAAAUAACAAGGUUUGAUGAAACAAAGUUGUAACUUACGUGCCCGUCUUUAACUUGUGUUUGCGAUAGCUUAAUUUGUAAAAACAAAUGUGGCCUGUGUCUCGCGCCCCCAGAAAGGGGAAUCUCGCACUCCCCAGGGAGUGCACGCAACCCAGGUUAAGAACUGCUGCUCUGGAGUAAAUAAAAUAUGGAGCUUAUAUAUGUGAAUGCACAAAACGUUGGUUCUACGUCUGUUAAGGAAAUUAUGAUCAACUUAUAUCUGUGAACUAUGCAAUACUGUCUAUGGGAAGUCUUAACGGGUGUUUUUUGUUUGUUUGUUUUAAGUAUUUUCAUUCACCAUUCCGUACAAAGUUUAAGUAAUAAUUUAUCGUAUGUUCUGUAAUUUUAAGAACGAGCAAAGGCUUGACCAGAAAUCCGUAACAUGUACUCGCGUUUAUAUGAAAUAAAACAAAAACAAGUCUAUUCACGAAAAUAA